CAGACAUCUGACCACUGCCUCACCGACAGCGCCUCCACACGGGUUGCUCCCCAGCGCCCCUGCCUCUCACCUGUCACAUCCGUCCAUGGCGACGAGCCUAUCGUAGGCCCAGCCCGCUCUUGCCACGUGUCCGCCGCCCAAUCCGCCCGGUUCGAAGCGGCAGUGGCGCGGAGCAGCCAUCUGGCGACGCUCAUGCGCUGCUCCCGCUGCUCACUCCUCCCUGUCCCCACUUCCCCCGCGCCGCAGCCCCCCGUCGUGCAUCAUCGCACCGCGCACUGAGGUCGCUCUCCCGCGGAUCGCCGCGCUCGCUCGCCGUUGCUCGCGCCUCCUCCGUUCCUCCGCGCGCAGCACCAUGAGCUGCGCCCACGCGCUUCAUUUCCGCCCUGCGCACCCUCCAACGCCCUCCGCCGGCCGCCGGAUCACCGCGCACUUGGCCCAGCGCGCCACGUGCCCCUCGCAACGCACCGCUGGCGAUAACCGCGCAGGCUCGCGACACUCCGCGCCUCGCCGCCGACCGCUAUCAUCACCAGCGCGUCGUGCGAGCGUGCCGGGUGCAUUUCCUGUCGCCCAGCAUGGCUCUCUUAAGGCGCCUCAAACGCUGAUCCACCCGCCCUCAUCGUCCGUGUCCUCCGCCCUCGCUCCGUGCGCCUCCCCCUCGCCCUCCUACUACCCCUCAUCCACGCUACUUGCUUCUCAAAUCCCUUGUGUCUUCACGUGUUGCCGACCAUCCGCCCUCCCAUAUGCUGCUAAUCCCAGUGAAAUUCGCAGCGAAAUUCGCGGCGGCAUUCGCGGCAAGAUAGGGGCCAUAGGGGCAAGGGGUGUGCAGCAGCGGCUGGGCCGUGCUUCACGGCUGUGGCGCGCGUGGCGGGCGCCAGGAAACGGGGGGGCAUGCGGGGGGAGUGACGUGGCCGCGCGGAGAGGCGGGAGAAUCGAGGGAAGCGCGCAGCAGAUGGGGAGAGCGGUCCGAGCUAGGGCGAGCGGUGCAGCGGAAUCGGGGUUUUGGGGAGGGGAGCAGAGAGGGGGGCGUGGGGAAGGGGAGAUUCAAGCUUCGGAGCUGAGUGCGGCGGCGGCGGGCAGGGGAGGGGGUUCCGUGAUGGGCGGAGCAGUGAGUGCGGGGCGGGGCAGUGGGGAAGUGGAUGGGGAGCCCAUGGGGGAUCGACCCGUGCUGUGCUUCCCUGGCGGCGGCAUGUUCUUCUACUGGCAGAUGGGAGCAGCAUCCACCAUCGCGCAGCACGGGGCUGUGGAGCAUGCACGGCUGGUGGGCGCGAGUGCGGGCGCGCUGGCCGCCACGCUCACCGCGUGCGGUGUGGAUGGCAGAGCCGCUGCCCGCACCGCCUUUGAGCUCUCGCUCGCCAAUGGGGUGUGGGACAGACCCGCAGGGCUGGCGGGUGUGUGGGGUCGUCUGGUGGGCGAGUGGCUGGACCUCAUGCUCCCUCCCGACGCUCACAUGCGCUGCACCCACCGCCUCUCCCUCCAUAUAGUCACGCUGCCCUCCAUUCGCCACCGCGCGCCGUGGUUCCAGAGGCAGGUGGUGUCGGCCUUCCCAUCGCGCGGCGACCUGAUAGCGUGCUGCCUGGCGUCGGUGCACAUCCCCUUCUUCAUGGACGCGCGCCCCUGGACGCUCUACCGCGGCCGAAGAUGCGUCGACGGCUCCAUCCUCGCCAUGCCGGAGCACCUUGCCCCUGUCUCUGCUUCUUCGCUCUUCCUCGACUUUGCGCUCGAUGAGCCUCCUCGGCCCCCUCCUCUCCGCCCAUGCCAGGAGAUGCGGCGGCGGCGCUGGGACUUCCUGAGCCUUGGGCGGGAGGAGAAAGCAGAGAGGAGGAGAACGCAUGACGACAAUGACCCGGUGCUAGUGAGCGAGCAUUACAGCGAGGACGAUGAUGAUGCCUUACCCCCAACCCCUCUCACUCCACCCGCGCCAUGGCCAUCAUCCUCCUCCUCUCUCCCUGCUUCCCUCACACCCUCUCCAUCCUCCUCCGCCUCCUCGUCCUUCCGCUCCCCUCCACCAUCCGCUCUUUCCUCCCCCGUCUCCCCCACUCCACCCGUCUCUCCCAUUGCGUCGCACCCCCCCUUGUCCGCCCCCGCGCGCACGUGGAGGUGGAUAGAGGAGAUGAUGGAGAGAGGGGAGGCGUACGCCAUGCGGGAAAUCAUCGACACUGGAGCGCUGCAUGCGUUGCUGCCUCCGGUUUCACAUGCCGACCCAUAGGCUGAUCGGUUCACUGCCAUUCAUUCUGGUCCCUUGCGUUGCCUUCUGCGGCAGUUGGGUCUACUGCCAUUCAUUGUCUCUUCUCAUUGUGCAGCUUCUUUCUUGCCUGUAAGACUGUGCUCUCAGCUCAGUGUAGCGGAAUAAAUAGAAAUGAGGGAUACAAGGGAAUAUAUGAUGGGGGGUGUUGUGCUCUCUAAGAGCACGAACCCUUGUAGCCAAUAACUGCUUCAUAUGCAUAUAUGUAGUCCAGCCAUCGGAACAAGAACCAUGAGGCAGUCAAGAUAAUAUAAAUAGGAGUACACAAUCAGGGUCCUAGCAAGUCAGUCAGU